AAUCCAAGUCUAACUUGAGUUUUGUGAUACUUGAAGCCGCAAUAAUUGAAGGCGGGAGGAUUCUUUCGGCAAAUAUGUCGAAUCCGAAGGUCAUUAGUGAGUCAACGUAUGCAGAUAUCGUCAACGCAGGUGCUCAAUGGCUUCAUGGGAAGGAAAAUAAACUCUAUGAACUUGCAAAAAAUUAUAAUUUACUGUCGAACGAGUUGUCCGAAGAAGGUUUGGGUGCCUAUUUACGAAAUGACGGCAUGCGUUUCAACGAUUAUCUCGUGAAAAAAGUCGAUUUUAUCGUCGGACAAAUUUUGGAAGACUGCGAAGAGUUCGCUCAAAGCAAUUCUGAUGAUUUUCCAACGUCAAUGGGCGCUUUUUUGCUUCAGGAAUUCGAAAAACGCUUGAACGAGUUCGAAACGCCGGAAGAUCAACGUUUAGCAAAGCAAUUAUUGGACUGGCACAUCCGAUUUCAGAUCAUCGAUAACUCGUGUCUGACGAUCGACGAUGUCUCAGCCAAGAGUUGGGGCACUUAUUCCUUCAACGGCGAAUCGUGUCAAGCACAUAUCAACUUCAAAACUUGCUUUUCGGAUAUUUUGGCGAUUUUGAUGAUGGAAAUCGGGCCAUAUCACAUGUUAUGCGAGAAUAAAGUCGAAAAAAUCGCUUGGGGCAUCCACACUGACGGACAAAAAAUUCAACAAUCAACUCCGCCGAAAGUCAUCGUGAAAUGCGAAAAUGGGAACAUUUUCAUCGCCAAACACGUGAUUUGCACAUUUUCAUUGGGAGUGUUGAAAGAAACUGCCAACGAGAUGUUCGCGCCUAAAAUUCCUGAAAAACAUCUUCAAGCAAUAAAUUCGAUGGGAUUCGGUACGAUCGAUAAAAUUUAUCUGCAAUUCUCGGAGCCAUUUUGGGGAAACGAAAAAGGCAUUCAACUCAUCUACGAAGACCCGAAUUACGAAAAUGCGGAUUGGACUCGGAUGAUUUCCGGGUUUGACGUACUUGAGCCAGGCCCGAAAAACACGCUGCUCGGCUGGAUCGGCGGCACGGGAGCCAUUGAGAUGGAAAAACUCCGAGAUGAAGAAAUAAUUGACAAAGUCACGCAACUCCUUGAGAAAUUCAUGAAGCAACAAAUUCCGAAGCCCAUCAAAUAUCACGUAACGCGAUGGCAUUCGAAUCCAAAUGUACGAGGUGCGUACAGUUACGUCUCGAAAGAAUGCGAUGCCACGCAAAUUUCGCCAAAAACUCUCGCAAUGCCAAUUUUUUACAAAGAUUUGAACAAUAAACGUCCAAGUAGUGAUACAAACUGCGAUAAUUGUCCACAGAUUUUGUUCGCUGGAGAGGCGUGUCAUGAGCAAUAUUAUUCCACGGCGCACGGAGCCUUUUUGUCGGGUGCCGAACAAGCAGAGAAAAUUAUUGAAUUUCGAAAUUUAUUUGCUGAAAAGGAAAAUUGUGGAAAAAUUUAAUUCUUUUUAUUAAAAAUAAAGCCUUUAAAAAUAAAA